AGCCCGAUCGAGAUCGGCCGCCGGGGCCCCGCAUUGCAUGAGAUUCCGAAUGAGCACCUGGGGACUCGGAGCACGCCUCAUGUGUUUGUAGCAUCCAUGACCACAGCAGCCGCAGCCUCUGCUUUCAGACUGACACCAUGAGCUCCAGACCGAGACGUAGCAACCUCCUCAGCUUUCACAGACCCACUCUACACCUCGAACGUGCCCCGAUACCUGUUCUCAAGCCAGAGUCAAAACAAUGCUUGCAAACCCUGCUACACUACCGGCCGCCUAAACAAAGAGUCAAUUAUCCGAAGUCUAGGUCUGCAGCGGUACUCGUCGCGUUGUUUGUUGGCCGGUACGGAGACCUGUAUGUUUUGCUGAGUCGUCGCGCGUCUACGCUGCGAACAUAUGCUGGCGACACGUCAUUACCCGGCGGAAAGUGGGAACCCCGCGACCGAAACCUCGAGCAGACAGCUCGAAGGGAGGCGUUUGAGGAGAUAGGUCUUCCAAUAGACAACCGGAAGGUCCCAUUGCUUUGCAUCCUAGAGCCCUUCAUAGCUGGCUCUCCAGGGCAACUGAUCGUCACUCCAGUUGUCGUUCUUGUGCUUGACAAGACGAUCAAGCCAAUCCUAAACACGCCCGAGGUUGCAUCGCUCUUCUCCCACCCACUAGCGGCUCUCCUACAUUCGGAACCUCCUUUCGCCACAGAACAGGAGAUGCUGGAGCUAAAGUAUCACACCCAUCACGACGUUGACUGGCGAGGCAGAGGCAAAGUCCGGAUGCACCGUUUCCUCACGGGCAGGGAGGCCGGAGGUACUAAGCCGAUAUUUGGCUUCACAGCCGGUGUCCUGAUCCGCGUAGCGACCAUUGGGUACGGCAGGGAGCCGGACUUCGACGUCUACACGCCAGACCAGCCGUCACAGGAGGAACGCAUUGCUUUUGAAUUGCAAGUCAACCCAAUACUGAGGGAAGCAUGCCGGACAGAGGGUAUCGAUCCGGACAAGGCGCCCGAGCCAUCUUCGUUGAGAACAGCCCGCAGGAGUGAUGGUCCGAGAGGGCAUCGGAGGCGAGCUGUCCGGAGCAAGCUGUGAUGGCCCUCGCGCAAACGUUCAUAUCCUCUUCAUAUCAUGAUAUCUGCACUAAUUUAUGCAUUUUUCCCGGACGGGUCCCUUCAUUUACCGUUCAAUCACCGGCACGCGGCAGCGCUCUCGAGCUGGACAGUGCAAUCCUGUGAUUUCAUGAUAAUACAUCGUCCUCGUUGUAUGACUGCACCCUUACAACGAUUGGGAGAUAGUCAGACACUGGCAGGUCUGAAAAACGCCAUGUGGACACCUGCGCAACGCUCGAACGGGAUGGCGGAG